UUGUCAUUACCAUAAUAUUGAGAGGAAUAUUUAAAAUGUUUAAUUAGCGCAUAAAAGUAGCCAAAAGUGUCAGAAGUGAUGCCCGGCUAUGAAAAGGAGAGAUUCGUAUCGAUCGGUGAGUCCGAGAGGAAUGAGCUCUCGUGCGGUAUAUGUCAUGAGAUACUGAAGGAACCGGUGGUCGCCAACUGUUGCCUACAGACCUUCUGCCGCGAGUGUAUCACUCAAUGGCUUACGAAUGAUAGUUCGUGUCCUUAUGAUAGGAAACCGAUGACUAGUAAUGACAUGAACCCGGCGCCCAGUAGAGCUGAUGAAUAA